UCUAUUCGAACCUCUGCUGCGACUGCGACGGCAGAGAUGUGGGUCUUCGUCCAGGUGAUGCUCACGAACUACCAGUACGCGGGCUCGUGCGGGGAGGAGGCGUGGGGCCACCACUCGCACUACUCGUCCGCUCAGGUCCGCGCCAUUGCAGUCAUGCGGGAGGCCGUCUCGUACUUUCUCGAGGGUAACCUGGGCGUGGUGCAGCUGCCCCUCCUCAGCGAGAUCUCGACCAGGGCCUCCAGUGCAUACGACAUCGACAGCAGCACGCGUGCCCUGCCACUUCGUCUCGGAGAGCUUCGACCUGGCUUGCCCGCUGCUGACGUUGCAGGUCGACUUGACCCACGUGUGCACGCCAGUCCUGAGGUGCUCGCCUGGCUGGACGAGCCGACGCUAGCCUUGCUGCCGCGUGCCCAAUGGCCCCCCGAGGUGCCCAAGGCGAGGCUGCUGGUGGACUCGCCCGCCGAGUGGGCCAAGAUCGUCGGCCACCUGUACUCGCUCGGCAUCGUGGAAGCCAUUGAGGACGAGCACAUUUUCCAGGUGAAUGAUACGCCUGUUCUCAACGGGGCCUUUGCAGUUGAGAAGAAGGGCACCCCAGAGGCUGAAGAGGUUAGACAAUGCCGCUUCAUCAUGAACAUGGCGCCAGCCAACAGCUACCUGAAGAUCAUGACUCAGGACCUCUCGACGCUUACAGCUUCUACGUCUUGGGUUACUGUGGUGUUGGAGGGCCAGCGUGUGCUGCUCUGGUCGGGUGACGACCAGCAGGGGGCCUUCUUUGUCUGGAAGAUCCCUCGCCCCUGGCGCAGCUUUACCGCGCUCAAAGGUCGGGUUCCUGGUCGACUUGUGGGGCGCCCUGAGCUGAAGACCGCGCACGUCUGCUCAGCCGUCAUACCGAUGGGCUGGCUGCUAGCUGUUACGUUAUUCCAACACCUGCACAGACGACUAGGCCUGCGCCCUCCUCCUGCUGGAGCUGGCCUACCUGGCGAGGAUGAGUGGAGGAGAGACAAGCCUCUUCCCAUAGCUCAGGUGGGUAAGUGCCGCGCUUGGUUCCAGUUCUUCAUUGACGACUUCGAUGCCCCUAGGAUCGUCGACAACGCGAGGAAGGAGGUCGGCGUCGAGUCUAGCUACCAGAAGCAGCAGAGGUCAUCUUACCAGCGGAACGGCGUCGCCUGGGCCGAGCAUAAGGCCCACCUCGGCGAGGUGAAGGUCGAGAGGAUGGGCGUGCUUGUGGAUGGCCUGCGGGGCCGAGUCUCGGUUCCGCCCUUGAAGCUGUUCGAGACGAUGCUGCUCGGCGCCCUGCUGAUGACCAAGGACUGGGUCUUCUGGAAGACCAUGCUCGUACUUCUGGGAAAGCUGGUCAGGGCGCUGGAGUUCAGGCGCGUGCUCUUCUGCAUCCUGAACGAGGUCUGGAAGUUCGCGGACGGCACCCACUCUGGCUGGGUCAACUCUGGGAUGACCGAGGAGAUCCUCUGCAGCAUCGGCCUCCUCCCACUCGCCUUCACGGACCUGCGUGCGGAGGUGGACGCUAGGGUCACCUGCUCGGAUGCGUCAGAAGACGGAGGAGGUGCCUGCACAUCGCCGAAGCUUUGCCCCGAGGCCCUCGCGAAGCUGACGGCGGCCGCCGCUGCUGGGGAGGAGGGCCGGCAGCACUUCAUGGCAGGACGCCUCCUGCUGGGCGAGGCGCCCCGCUGGCGGGCCUGGGAGUCGAGGAACCCUGGCCUGCCGCCGCCCGCUGGCGAUAAGGUGCCUGCUGUCCUAGUCAUUGGGCUCUUCGACGGGAUCGGGGGCAUGAUUGUGGCGCUUUCCAGGCUGCGCACCAAGAUCAUAGGCUACGUUUCGUCGGAGGUGGAUCCUUGUGCACGCAGGGUCGUCAGGAAGAGGUGGCCUGGCCUCAUCGACUGGGGUAACAUCCAGGACGUGGGGGUCGAGCAGAUUGACAGGUUGGUGCAGCUCUUUGGCGGCAUCGUCGACUUCGUGUACUGUGGAGCGGGCAGCCCCUGCCAAGAUCUGUCGAGGUUGAUGUUCGGCAGGAGAGGGCUGGAGGGCAAGAAGAGCGCCCUUUUCAGCGAGAUACCUCGGAUUCUCAACUUGCUCAACGAGGCGUUCCCUGGCAAGGUGUGCUCCCUCGUCGAGAAUGUCUCCUCCAUGCCGCUCGAGGACGUCGAGCGCAUCUCUUACAAACUCAAGGUCACGCCCUACCGUUUCUGCAGCAGCUGCCUGGUUCCCAACAGGAGACCGCGGCUGUACUGGUUGUCCUGGCAGCUCCUGCCAUGCGAGGGCUAUUGCUACCAGAACAAGGGUCACUUCAUUGAGGUCACUGCCGACGGCGCGGAGCGCGUGGAGCUGCCCUGGGUCACCCCUGGUUGGAUUUGGAACGGUGGCGUGCUGCCAGUGCCGACCCUCGUGUGUGCUAGGCCCUCUUCGCUGCAGCCCACUCGUCCUGCUGGGAUUGCUCGGGCCAGUCCUGAGGCGAAGGCGCGCUGGAAAAAGGACGAUCAUCGUUAUCACGUCGGCCUCUACGAGCGCGCCUGCCUUCUCCAGCAUGAGGCCACCAUGGAGCUCCGUCCCCCGACAGCUAAGGAGGGAGAGGUACUCUUGGGGUAUGAUCGGGGCUACACUGAGUGUGCCGUGAAAGACGGGUCUGGCUCGAGCUCUGAGACCGCGCGUUGUUUCCUGCUCGGCAACAGCUUCUCAGUCUAUGCCGUGACAUGGCUGCUGCAGCAUGCCCUGGUCGCUGACGAGUACCAGCCGCGGUUGUGGGGGCCCCAAGCCCUAUGCCGCAUCGGAAGGUGCAGGACGCCUUGGAACGACAACGCUGUGUACCAUCAGAGCGACAACUACCAGUACCAGCCCGAGGCGGAGCAGCUCGCGAGGCACUACUUGUCGAUCGCCGAGCGGGGAGGCACGGACGUGCGCCUGGACGUUCACCUCCCAUUCAGGCACCGAGCGUGGCGUCGCGUUUCGCUGGAGCCCAACGUCUGGACGUGGAAGGUGAUAUCGAGCUACAGGUGGCGCGCUGGAAUCGGGAAGCACAUCAACGCUCUAGAGAUCCAGGCGGCAGUGAACACUAUCAAGUGGCGCCUGCGGUCGGGACAGGGCCACCCCAGGCGUAUGCUGCACCUCAUCGACAGCCAGGUCGCCGCCUCGGUGCUCACGAAGGGCCGCAGCAGCAGCAGAGUCUUGCGGAUGCACGUCAAGCGCUGGGGAGCUUUAUGCUGGGCGACAGGUCUGGCAGCUAAGAGGCUCUCGCCGCAAGCCCAGAGACUCCAGCGCCUGCGAGGCUCACAGAGGCUCUCAGAUCUCAGGGUCAGUGCGGUUACGCUCAGGAGGUACCGCAUCGCCGUCGCGGAGUUCCUCGCCUUCGCCAUCGAGGGCGGCUUCCCGCUGACUAGUUCUGCCGAGGCUGACCACGCUUUGGGCGCCUACGUGGAGGACCAGUGGGCGAACGAGGGCACACUCAGCAAGGGCCGAUACGCGCUCGCAGGCUGCCUCUUCUUCGCCCCCGAGCUGCGCACCGCCCUGCCGUUUGCGUGGUCGUUGGUCAAGACGUGGCAGAAGCUAGCGCCCAUCAGCCGCGCCUACCCUGCGAGCCCCGAGAUGGCACUCGGGCUUGCGGGCGCAGCGCUGGCCACUGGCCAGUGUUUGUUGGCAGCUUUGGUCCUUGUCACGUUUGACGCAAUGCUUCGAACCAAAGAGUUGCGAGACCUCACCUAUGAGGACAUCACGUUCGCCGAAGGUGGAGUCAUUUUGCGGCUCUCAGAGACAAAGAUGGGCGUCAG